AUGUCCGAAUCAGCUUCAACACCACUUCCUCCGCCAACUACGACGGACGUUUCACCUAAAAGAGCUGAAUCGUCCAAUGAUCUCACUCCCGCUCCAUUAGAGGAAACAUCUUCCACUUCAAAUUCAAAACAACAAUCAACGGAUGAACCCGUUAUUGAUCCAGAAUUAAUGGAUUUACCAGCACCUCCUCACCAUACAGAUCAACCAGCGACUGCCGACAGCAAUGAUGCCAAUAGCAAUGGAAAUGAGAUACAGAAAGACUACAUGCCAGAACCUGGAGCCAUGGGUAUAACUGAAAGUAUAGCAAGUGCACCUAAUCCAAGACCGGCAGAUUUCCCUCCACCUGAUCAAUUGCAAAAUGAAGGUAUAGAUUUAGAUGCUCUCUCAAAUCAAAUUAUAGAUGAUGAUAUGCCUGGUUCACCAACCGCCAAAAUGAUGAGAGCUAUAGCACCUCCAACUGCGAUAAUGACAAAUCCAAAUUGGGCUCCUCCCCCUCCUAAUGCAAGUGUAAACUUGUUCAUUGGUCGUGCAUUAUUAUCGAACGGGAAUGAUAAUUGGCCUUUGAAACCCAAUGAUAUCGUCAACUGGAUACGAAAACACUACCCAUCAGAAUGGGAUGGUGACGAAGGAAGAUGUUCAGCACAUCGAGUAAGAACUUAUUUAGCACGUAAAGGUGCGGACAUGUACUAUGAGAAACUGAAUCAAGGGUGUAUAAAUGGAUGGAGAAUUCGAGCGAAUCAUUUGUGGAGAUUUGAUAAUGGAGGAUUCCAAGGUAGGGGAAUGAAACAAGAAGAAGCACAAGCGAAUACACAAAGAGAACAAGAAGCUUUAGCCAAUGCAGCUAGAAAAGAAGCUGCUGCAGCCGCUCUCGCUGCUGGACAUCCAGGUGUUAAAGUAUCAAUGUCAAAUCCUGGCAUAAAUGAUGGUUUACCUAUACCUAAAAAACCAAGAACGACAAAAGCUCCUACGCAAAGAAGAAAAUCAACUAAAAAAGAUUCGUUAUCAACGUUAACUCCCAACAAUAACAAUGGUUAUAGUAAUGGACAAGGUGAUUUAUCUUUAUUGACUUCUAAUACCGAUGAUCAAUCUUACUAUCAACCUCAACAACAACAUCAAGAUGAUCAACCCACAACGUUGUAUGGUCAUCUAGAUCCUUCACAACCAAUUCCAGGUCCAUCGACACAACCCCAUCAACAAAGUGAUAUAGACCCAGCACUUGGAGAUGAUACCACGGUCAAUCUCAAUUCAGACGGUACACCUGUCGAUAUAAAUAUGGUCCAACAAGCUAUGCAAGCUGCAGCAGGUCAAAUGGAUGAUCUGGAAAUGGGUAUACAGUUACCGAUAGAAAUGCAAAUGCAUUCCAACGAACAUGAAGAUGCAGAUGAAAGGUUCAACUUCGGGGUAGAUGUUAAUGUAGGUGUGGGCACACAUCAUCAAAAUGGUCAAACCUAUGGGACAGAAGGCGGUUAUAAUUAUAACGGUUGA